CGAGAUACCGACCUCUAUACGUUCUUCUGCAGCCUCAAACUACAUCGAUUGUCCAGUACAGUUCUUCCGUCACGCUGCUGAACAAGCCUUCAUUCCUGACAUCUCAAAACGCUCAGUUUAGGUCAGCAAAGCCAUAUCGUAUAGGCAAAAUGUUGGCAGGAAACGGCUGUAACGCGGAACUCUGGCAAUUCUCGCAACAGCUCUAUCCCGACCUCCCUCCAAUCGAGGCGUAUCUCGCACUUCAUCGCGACUACGUGGCACCUUUGGUGGGACCAGUCAUCAAGGGCGGGCUUACUGCAGCCGAGAUCUACGUUCUUUUGAGAGAUCCUACUUCAAUGAUCGCCAGAAUCCAGGGAGCUCGCCUUAGUAUGGAGUGUGUGGAGCGGCUUCAUCCUUACAUCAAAAGCCUUUUUGCAACCUCGCAAUCAACAGUCGGAAAUCUCACGGCAAACGAGAAAGAAAUCUCAGCCCAGCUCACCGCGGGAAUUUGGACGCGAUACAAAGCGGGUACCUUGGGCCAACCGAACUCGUUUGUUGAUGGCGUUGACACGGCGGUGGGGGGUGCCAGCGUCGCCGGCGAAAGCGUGAAGAAUAUUCCCAAGGAAAUCACAGACAAUAAUAGUUCGGCAGCUUCUGCCAGCUCUGGCGCCGCGGAGCCGCUGUUCGAUCGCAUCAACUACCUGGAAUGCUGGAAUACAGCGUUGCGAACGAUCCAGACUGCCCAGGCACAGCGGAUUAUCAAAUCUCUGGAUGUCAUCGCCGAACAACUCGGAGAUAGGAAUUGCAUCGCUGUGAUGGGCGCAGGUGGUCCCGAAGGCUUUGCUCGACCGAUAUACGACUUGAUCAAAAUGAAGGUCAACAAGGUCGAUGUGGCGGAUCGCAAAAAUCAUCGCUUCUUCCUCUACCAUGACUCCAACAAUUGGCACCACAUAUUCGAGAGGUUGACAAGCGAGAAUCCACUGCCGCCGGAAUUCAUCAACAAUCCCUGCGACGACCUCGACCAUGCCUGCCUGUUCAUGCGUGAAGUCCGACAGAAGCUCAUCGCGAAAGAUGAAAAGCGCGGAAAGGGCAUUACAUUCCAUCUAGUCAUCCCAUCGUGGUCCAAGCUCCAGAUCAAGGAGCCUUUGCAUUUCCCUGAAGACCUCUACCCUCUACAAAUUGAAGGACUGAAGCACGGUGGCAAAAACCAGGUCGAGUUGAAUCUUCCAGCAGCACCCGCUGGACUUCUCCAUGGAGUCUCGAAUGUUCUUGACCCCAACAACUGGAACACCAUUGCAGGGGGUGCCAGUGCCGCAGUCACUUUGCCAGCCGUCGGCUGGGGGGUAAACGGCAUAUCUCUCGCUAUUAGCCUCGGUGUCGGCACCCUUACAGGAGUGGGGCCGCUUCUGGCUAUGCCGCUGUGGGUGGGAACCGCGCCGUUCGCUAUGGGCAUGUCAGCUCCAAUCAUUCAUGAAACGGUUCAUAAUGCACUCCAUGAAGAGGACCCUAGGGUUCUAGGGUCUACGGAGCGCUUGCACAUACGGCGACGGCGUUUUUAAACAGGGGGUAACUGGGAACCCUGAUAAUGUUUAUCACCUAUGUCAACACCUAUCCUAACAUAUUUUCUCAAUCUCUGCAAUGGAAUUCUUAAAGUGCGUCUAGGUACUUGGUCC